AUGCCCUCAGAAGCCAACCGCAAGCAGGAUAAAGAAAUCAUGGCUGCGCAAGCCCGCCAAGUCAUCGACGUAUUCCACGAAAUAUCUACUCUCCUUAAUGCAGAUCUCGACCGGCAGACGCUGUCUAUUUGUAUAUCUUUGAUUGAGAAUGGCGUAAAUCCGGAAGCGCUGGCGUCUGUUAUCAAGGAGCUGAAGAAGGAUGCCGAGGAAACGCAGAAGGAGAUUCUACAGUCUAGGGGACAACGAUAA